CGAGGAGGACCUGAAUGUAGCAGGAGCCAACACAGUGAGCUCUCUUGGCUGUUAUUUUCCGAUAGCAUAGCUGUGUCGAAUUUAAGUCACAAUCGUGAUAUUUAGUCUUGGGUUCCGUGUUUUUUUAACCAUUUAAACAUAUCUAUGCAGCGGCACCGUCCAAACUGAAAAGCUCGAGGAUGACAUCUAAACUGAAAGUUGGGAAGGUCGGCUCCAAGAGUAAGGAGGAUGCUCCUUAUGAGCUGGAGAGCCAGUUUGUCCUGAGGCUGCCUUCGGAGUAUGCCUCAACAGUAAGAAGGAUUGCCCAGUCUAGCAGUAUGAAUAUGAAAGACAGACUCACCAUUGAGUUGCACCCUGAUGGUCGUCAUGGCAUAGUGAGAGUAGACCGUGUCCCUUUGGCCUGCAAACUGGUGGAUCUGCCCUGUAUGAUUGAGUCUUUGAAAACUGUGGACAAGAAGACGUUUUACAAAACAGCUGAUGUGUGCCAGAUGCUAGUAUGUACACUAGAUGGAGACCUUUACCCUCCUUUAGAGGAGCCAACUGGCACCGACCCUAAGAGCAAGAAGAAGGACAAAGACAAGGACAAGAAAUUCAUUUGGAACCACGGCAUCACCUACCCUCUGAAGAACACACGCAAGAGAAGAUUUCGAAAGACUGCGAAAAAGAAGUACAUUGAAUCUCCUGAUGUGGAAAAGGAGGUGAAGAGAUUGCUGAGCACGGACGCCGAGGCUGUCAGUGUCCGGUGGGAAGUAAUAGCAGAAGAUGAGUCCAAAGAAGCGGACCAACACGGCUCUCUGGCCAACCUGGACUCCUCACCUGGCACCUCAGGACACAAGAUGGGUCAUGGGUCUUCUGCCCAGCGUGACGAACUGAGGGAGAUCUUCAAUGACAUCAGCAGCUCCAGUGAGGAUGAGGAGGACGAAGGAGACCGGCACGAGGAUGAGGACCUGAAUAUCAUGGACACGGAGGAUGAUCUGGUCCGACAGCUCCAAGACAAACUCAACGAGUCUGAUUCGACGCAGCAUGAAAGUGACAGAAACAACCAGAUAGUUAUGGAGUAUCAGGUGCAGAUCAACAGCAUCAAGGCCAAGCUUCAGGAUACGCGCGCCCGUAAGAAACAGCAGGACGAGCUCAUCAUGAAAGUGGAAAACCAGGCCCUCAAAAACCGUUUCCAGGCCUUGCUGGAUGAGAUUAUUCAGCAGGAGGAGCGGGAGAUGGAGCAGCUGGCCUCCCUGCAGGAGCAGCUGGACUCACUGAUCGAGAAGUGACCACCAGGGGGCAGCCUCAUGUCAUCUUCAGCCACACACACGCGCACACACAUUCACACUCACACACACACACCAUGAAGAGGAGAAGAGCCUUCAUCUAGGGAGGAGGGAGUCUUUCUUAGCUAACUUGCUGUGUCAUUCCUUUUAGUUUGACUUUUUCAUACUUUACACAUACAGCAUAUGGAUUUUUGUAUUAAAAGUCAGUAGGAUUUAUUAGGUUGCCAGAAUUUGUUGUUCCUCACUAUAUGAUAAAAGUAUUGGUUUGGCUUCAAGGGGAAGAAUGUUACGUCUGUUUGGCUUGUCAUCCUGAAGCUAAAUGACUUUUACUUACACUGAACAUCUUUGUAUUUCAUUACCUGUAUGAAGAAUAAAUUACAGUGAUACACAAAAAAAAA